GAAAAUUCUAAAUUAUGGAAUCGGACGCAGAAGACCGGCCGCUGUUGCAGAGAAAACCUGCCCCGCCGCCACCGUCCCCGAACAGCGGGCUUCGAAAAAGAAACAGCGUCAUGCAACCGGAACCGGAAAUUGAUUACCCUGACCAUACAAAAGAACCAGAAGCCUUGUCUGCAGACGAACUCUUGUAUCGAAUGAAUUUCGCUUUCAUCAACAAUGAAUUUAACGCAGAACAACAAGUGGAUCAUGCCCAGUCUAAACUUCCGGUGGCGGAACAUGAAAUAUUCGAAGAGAAGAUUUUGGAUAAGAUCCAGGAAAACUCACUUCCGCUCCGUGAAAAACUGAAGAUUAUCCGGGUUUUACAGCGCGGGAGUCACAGACGGCGUGAGGUCAAAGGGCAAUACAAUACCCCUAAAAAGACAAGAAAUAACCUCACUUCAGUGUUUCAACUUUGGGAUGGACCUAUAAAAAGUAUAGCUGCUUACUUCGGAAGUAAUGUAGCGUCCUAUUUUGCUUUCCUGCGAGUCUUAUUUUAUAUCAACAUCGCCACCGCGUUUGUCAUGUUCGCCUUUACAACACUACCACACUUGAUAGACAAAGACACCGACACCAAUCUAACGAUCUCUGGAACGUUUGGUGAAUUAUCCGGAAGCCUGAUGUUUUACGGGGCGUACAGUAGCCAAAUGAUCAAUAAUUACGGACACCCAUUGGCUUAUCUCCUCACAUGGCUGGCAGUCAGCUUGACAACUCUCGUCGUGAUUGGUGUGAGUAUGAACGUCCGUUAUAGACGUAGUAAAUUAGCUGUUACGGACGACAAUUAUGACUUCUCUCAUCGGACGUUCUGUUCCUGGGACCAUGGGAUCACUACAAGGACUGGGACACGUGACCACAUCCGGGAAUUCACAAUGGAACUUAAGGAAAAAAUUCGCGAGGAUCAAAGUCACAAAGGGAAAGCUUUGACAACAAUACUUGCAAGAGGUUUUGGAAGAGUAGCGUCAAACAUCUUGGUCCUUGGAAUGCUUGGAGGGAGUGGCUAUUUAAUUUACUACGUGGCACAGGACUUUGAACUUCCGGAAGAAUCGCCACAGUUUUUAGUGGAGCUCUUGACGAACCACCAAUUAACAACAGUAGUGGCCGCUCUCAAACUGAUUGUUCCUGUCAUAAUUAAUUUGAUCGGUAAAUUGGAGUCGUGGCAUCCUCGGAUUGAACAGAAAGUGACGCUGACAAGGACAACACUUUUCUACUUCGCCAGUCUAGGAACUUUUAUAUACUCCCUGUACAACGUAUCUCAGAAAUGUCUGGACGGUUCUGUGGCGAGGCCAGAGGGCAUUGGUUUACCAUCUAACGUGACAAAUAGGACGUUUUGUUGCUGGGAGAAUGAGGUUGGAGAAGAAGUUUUCAAGCUGAUUCUGGUUGACCUUGGUGUUUGCGUUGCAGUAGCGUUGUUUUUUGACGUCCUGAAAGCCGUCCUAGUCAAGUCAGGCCAGUGUUUUGACUGGGUAAAACUGAGCGAAUUUAAUGUGACGUCAAACGUCCUUGACCUUGUGUACGGCCAAGGUCUUGUUUGGCUCGGUCUUUAUUUUUCUCCCAGUCAUCGCUAUCGUCGGUUUCAUAAACUUAUCAUCGUCUUUUACCUCCGCUACUUCGUUGCACGUAUUGCGGUCACGCCCCCUACACGUGUGUUCCGGGCGUCAAGGUCAGGCAACUUCUAUCUCUUCCUGCUUCUGCUCACGUGGUUCCUCUGUAUUCUGCCACAAGCCUACGUCAUCAUAGAACUUACACCAUCCUGGGAUUGCGGUCCUUUCCAGAAGGAAGAUAAUGUUUAUGAAGUAAUCACGAAUGGCGUUGGCGAUUUGCCAGGGUGGUUAGACACUAUACUAUCCUAUAUAGGUACCGCCGCCGUCGCUGUUCCUGUUAUUGUCCUGUUGAUUCUGAUUGGGUUAUACUAUAAGACACGAGCAUCUUCCUAUAGUGACCUCGCAAGACAACUCAGAAACCAGUUAAUAUUUGAAAGGAAAGUAGAAAAAAGGAAAGUGUUUGCUAUAGCUAUAUCUGCACCUGCUGGCAGUUUGGGGAGGACGACUGGCGGUUCUGCAGCAAGCAGGAUAGAUGGAUUCGAGGAUGGACAAGCACCGGACGUAACCUUACCAUAAGAAGGAUAUCUAUUUAGUGGCAUUGUCACUGGACGGUUACCGAAUCUAUACAUACAUCUAAGUCACAAUCAAUAUAUUGUAUAUAUCAUGACACAAAGUAUGGUAAUCGGUUUUCAUGAUUCGUUAUCAAAAUAUUUUAAAGAAAGUGACGUCAAAUAAGAACAUAUUUUUAGUCCGUCGUCAACUGUUCAUAGAAUCGAUUUAUUCAGGAAAAUGUUAAUAUUAUUCAAAUACAUGUAUUGGAAACGAUAACCUCCUAUUUGCAUAUAUCGAAUAUCAUUCAGUCGAACCCGGGUUUGAAAAAUGUUUUAGAUCAUUUAUGGCUACAGACCCACAUAAACAAUUUUUAGGUAUUUUUUUUUCAUUCAAAGCAGAGCAAACAUUAUUUUUUUUCCUUUGGGAUUAUCAAUAUUAUUAGCAAGGCAAAAGUAUUGUAGAAGAAAUCAGACUGAAUCAAGAAUGACUCUAUAUUGCACCCCGUUAAACGAAACAAAGGCAACUAGAGAAAUGAAGAAGGCAUAUGAGAAAUAUUUUAGAUGUUCAUGCUAUUUUACACAGAAAAUUAAUAAUAAAAAAUUUUCGAUGAAAUAAAGGAAUGUUUAAAGUCAUUUUGGUGCAAUUCAAUUUGGCUCUACUGAAGCAAACUCUCAAUUUGCUUUGAAUGUUGCUCUUACUUUGUAUGCUUUGUAUAAUUCUCUGAAAACCCUUGUGACACUCCAGAGGUAUUCGAAUACAAGAUAUCCAGAUAUUCCUCAUGUCUUAGGAUUAUUGAAUGCAGUAUAUCUGUGUUAAACGAAAACUUUUGAAAUUUACUCAAAACAUAAAAGGUUUAUAAAUCAGGAUGUAUUAUUCUUGACGUAAUGAUUUCUACAUUUAUGACUGACUGACCAUACGGGUUAAUGUACUAUUAAAAGCCUGUUCGACCCUUUCAAAAUUUGCUCAUAAAUUGUGUUUAUACCAUUAAUAUUCAAUAUUUUACAAGAAAGAUGAUACAAAUACAUUAAACCAUUCUCAGUAGGUUACUGUAAAUUUGCUCUUUAUUGUGUAUUGGUCUUGAUUAUUUUUAACGCUACCGUUAAUACUUUUGUAUAGAUAUAACAAAGUUGACCUUUUGAAAUAAUCUUUGAUAUGAGAUACCAACUAGUUUAUAAAUCAGUAUUGUAGUAAGUAUUUAUAUCUUAUAAAGUUGAUCACAGUUUUGAGAACAACGCUAAUAGGUAUGAUACGUCAUAAUACACCUAUAUCUAUACAGCGUUUCCCUCAGUUUUCAUCGUCAAGCUCUGUCUGUCAGCUACAUAUGUAUGCCUUUGUUCACACGGAGCUUUCAAUAUUGAAGAUGAUUCCGUUUUUGGUUGAGACUCAAGACGGAUAUGAAAUUCUCGUAACAUUCCUAUCAACACUUUCUGUAUGUUCAAGUUUGCUUGCUGCCGUCAUAUUGUUAAAAUGCUCGAGAAUUCCUAUCUCAAUCAAGUUUGUCGUAUUUAACACGGAGCUGAUGGAUAUUCUUAAAGGAACGAUGCUGAUUCUAUACAUACACACAGAAGGAGCAAGUCAUUGUAUUUUUCAAGAUCAUUUCCUUUAUGUCCUUCAUGCUUCUACAGUGAUACAACUUGCUUUCAUGGGACUGGACAGAGUCGUACUCGUAUACAGACCGAGGUUCUACCAAAACUUCUUUACCAAGAGAAGCAUCUUGGUCAUGUGCAUCUGCAUGUGGGCUGUGACUCUUGCGCUGAGCGCAUAUGGUUAUAAAUAUAAAGUUAAAAAUCAAUACUGUCAUAUAUCGAACGAAAGUGAACAAAUUCACAUAGCUGUGCCGAUAGCUUCAGUUCUAAUAUUUUCCUUUUUAAUUUCAACUAUAAGCGGAUUCAUUCUCUUAUACAAGGUGUUGUCCCUGAAAAACCACACCACUGGGAGCAUGGAUGAGGAGAGAUCGUACAAAGGUCAUGUCGUCAUUGCGACCAUGCAGAUAUGCAUGCUGGUUUUGACAACACCCUGUGCAGUGUGUUUAAUACUUCUAUCAUUUGAUAAAGAGACCAGAAUGCAGAUGGAUUUCCCCAUAAAGGAGGCUAUUCGUAUAAGUUCGGUUUGUGUUACGUUAAGUGGUAUCCUCAUUCCGCUUGUUUACGUUUUUCGAUUGACAGAAUGUCGCAUCAGACUGUUAGAGACACUUUGUUUCUGGAAUUCCACUCUAAAGCGUAAAGCCACCAUUAUGGACAUAGAGCUACGCAUGAACAUGGCCGGAAUUCCAAUUACACGCAAUGGACAAAUCGGUCCUAUUGGACCAUCAAGGUAAUCAAUCUGCAUCUCAUUUCACAGAGGCGAGAUAGCACGUGACGUAUAAGCCUCAUUAGCCUAACAAACGCUCAUAGUCAUUGAGGUGCAAUAGAGAGGCUUUUUACAUUGACUAGAUAAUGUUUCAUUCAUACAUGUGUUAUACAAAUAUUGAAGGUUAUAUAACGGAACAAUUAGUUGUUAUGUCAACAUGUUUAUUGUAUUUCAAGACCUACAUGACAAAAUCUUUUAUAUUAAUAUCAAUCGAUAAUGAUAUAUUUAGUAUAUAACUAUCGGAUUGUGGUAGUUUUAAGACAAUUGAAUUAUGGCAUGUCAGGUGAUAUUCAUAUUGACGUAAUGAACUAUAAUUUUGCUAAAGAGCCUGACGUAUUGUCCUGUAUAGUUUAGAUACAGCAUAGAUUGUAAUAGUAACAGUCAAACCUGGCUAUAAAGACCACCCAAGGAAACAUGUGCUCUUUAUUAUGCAAGUGACAUUAUAUUUUUAAUAGAUAUGAUGUUACAACAUUAACUAAAUCAUAGAUGUCCUUUAUAGACAGGUUUUUUGUUAUAUUGAGGUAUAUAAUUCAGAUGUAAGUUAAUUCUUCAAUGAUAUGUAGGUAUCUUUCAGGACAGGUUACGCUGUAAUUUGUAUGUAUAAUUGUGAAAGUGAUUGUUUAUUACUAGCUCAUAAUUAAGUUAAUAUGCGUUUAACAUUCAUGAGCAAGAUUUAGCAACGGGUUUACUUUUAGCGAAAUUGAAUGUCCCCUGCAGAAAUAUCAGGUGUUUAAACAACAGAUCUAUGUUUACUCAUAAAAGUCUAUACAUGAAAUCGUGUGAAUAACAAAACUAAUCCUCUGAGAUGGUGUUAACGCAUGAUAAGCUUGUUAAAUACAUGGCAAUGCUGAUUAAAACACCUAUGCCAUCGACGUAGCCAUGGAAACAAGUUAUAUCCAAGUUGUCAUGUAAGAAAGCCUUCUACAAUACAAAAGUGCAAUAGAAUGAUAUUCAUGUAUAAUGGAUUUUGAUAAAAUAUAUAUAUAUAUAUAUAUAUUUUAAUGCUAAAACGUUUGUUUUUUUAUUUUGUCUAUUGUUUGUUUGUAUUUUCAGCACCAUCUAAAAGGUUUUACGGCUGACAGUAAAACUAAUAUCACAAUACGUCGUCAUUUUCUAAUUUGGAAAUCACAACCCUGCCUCUCACUUUGAGUACGUGACAUCAUAUUGGACCGGACGACAUUUUCUUUAAAAGUAAAACAAUGCGGGUGGACUAAUGAUAAAAUUGUGACAUGGAAUGAUGUACUACUAUAUAUCAUUAGUGUAAACACGUAAAUAUAAAUCUUUUAUCUGUUUAUUUAAAGCUGCCACAUCCAAAUACAUGUAUUUGCAUUUUUAAUGACACUAUCAAACUACUAAAUUCACGCCAAUUAACUUUAAAGUUCUAGCACGUAUAAAAUCUUAUAAGUAGGACGCUGUCCCAUUAUUUUUACAAUGCAUAAGUGUGUUCCAUAAAUGAAUUACUACAUGAAAUACUGUACUCUGUCAUGAAAUAUUGUUCGAAUCAAGUGAAGAUAGCAUUUUGGAAAUAAUUCUUGAUAACAUCCUUAUUAAUGACAAAAUACUGUGCGAUUUCAGUUUAUGAAAAAGUAAUUAUGUUAAAACAGUUUUCCAUUAUAGUUUUCAUUUACAAACUAGGCAUUGUUGCAAAAGCUCACUCGGAAGGUUCAGAGAGUUUCAAAGAUAAUAUAUUAUGUAUCAUGUGUAUAUGUUAUUAUAUGAUUGUGAUAAAUGUAGCUUUGUAAGUUUAACAGUUUCAUUGAAUGUAAUAUUCAGCUUAAAGUCCUUUACUAUAAGUAUACACCUCUUUUUCUACCCUAUCUUAAUAAUAACAAUUGAUAUGAUUGUACUAAAAAAAUAUUCCUUCAACAUCAUUUUUGUGAAAUUUGAAGUAAGCGGGUGACUGAUUGAUCAUAUUCCAAAAAGGAUUCAAAACCUUACUCCUAACAUGAAUGUGUGAUGAAUUUGAGAAAAUUGAUAAUAUAUGUAGUGGCAGCACUAAAGGAUAUUCAUUUAUCAUUUAUUCAAUUUGUCAUAUAAGGUUUACUAAUGAAAAUAUGUUCAAAUGUUUCAAUUUGACACCUAUAUAUAAAUAUAUUUACAUUAUCUUUAAUAAAUAAAUUGAAUAUAUGUUGAAAGGAUACCAUAUCCAGAAAUACUAAAAAAAUUAAUUCAAUAUCAAACAAAUGGAGAUAUAAGCCUUUCAAUUAUCAUACUUGUUUCGACAAUAUAGCUUUAACUACAAAUGUACCAUACAAUAUUACGAAAAAGGAAAAUAUACAUGAAAUACUACGCUACAUAUUCCCUCCACAGAAAAAAAUAAGAUGAUUCCAGGAUAAACUAAGAACCAAUAAAUGCAUUUGACACAAA